AUGUCGCCUGGGCCUCAGAUCCCCAUCUUGACAUGGCGGGUGGGCGCCGCGCCCAAGAAACGUGCCGUGUGGCCGACCAAGCGACCAGAACCCAAACCACCGCCAUCGAGUGACUCUAUUGAGACGGACAACGAGAUGGGAGAGGGGGCGCCGCAGAAGCGCUUGGCCUCACUGUCUACUGCGUUCCAGCUCACGGGCCUUCACCUGAGUCCCUCCCAAGCACACGCUGUAUAUUUCAGUCAUGAGUCCCUGGGGAAGCAACCCCCAGCAGUCAGUGUCUGGUUUGACCUGUUUGGCAUGCCGCUGUCUGGACCGAACAACUUCAUCUUGCAGGGCUCCCUGGAGCAUGCCCAGCUGUCGCGGUCGCGGUGUCUGAUGUUCCUCGCCACGGCGGAGAGCGCCCUGGCCGCUGCCCGCGGCCACGAAUCGCUGGCUGCGGUGUCUGCCAUGGCGUGUGGAUAUCAGAGUCUGCAGCAGGAGAUCGCCACCCAGGGCGAACUGACCGGCUCGAUUCUCAGCACGCUCACCUUCAUCGCCUGUAACGACACGGUCCGCGGUGGUCUGGUCCACCGCACGGCCUAUGAACGGGUGCUCGUCGCCCACGGCGGCAUCGAGGCGGUCCUCCACCGGUUUCAUUCCCCGAUGAUGCACUACGGCCACCUGCUGAUCUGUACGGUCAACGACUGGCGGCCUGCAGACCUCACCCCCUGGCAUCACGAUCUGGCCUGCGCCCUCGAGGCCGUGGCCACUCUGGCGGGGGCAGCAAGAGACUGGUCGCAUGUCUUCCAGGAUGUCACGGUGCGCGGGCUGCUAGACACUUCCCCGCUGGUCAACCUUCUCCAGGAUCCGAUCCAUGGCGCCGACAUUGGCCGCGACGCCUCCCCGUCCGGCUAUCUGGUAGCGCUGUACAUUCUGGUCACCGAACUAUGGGAGUCGCGCAACUUUGCCGGGCUCGCCUCUGCUCAGACCCUGCUGCGCACAUUGCAGGCGAGCCUGAUGGCGUAUAGUAUCGUCAACGAUGGAUCCCACGUCACCCUGACCAGCAGCGGCUUCCUCACCGUUCUCCUGCAGACCUUGGCGAGUCAAUAUCAGCGGCCAGAGAGCAGACGACGAGCACUAGACGCCAAUGAGUGCCAGAUCCAGUUACUACUGAGGGCUAUCCGCAUGCUCCGUCUAUGGGCUGUGCUGGGCAGUGAGAACCGCAUGGCAUUGGUACAGUUCUUCAAGAACUGCCUGUGCCAGCCGGGCAUGACACGCUCACAGCCCCUCGAUCUGGAAGCAUUCUGGGAUGACAGUAGAAUGAUCAAACAUACUCCAGUUUAUAUUUCUUUGAAUGCUUUUGCCAGUGCAUAUGCCGUGCAAGUCGGUCAAACUCACUGGCUACAGAUGCCGAUGGAUCCGGUAAGAAAUCCGGGAAUCGAGAAAAGAAUGGAUUAUGCGCCAUUGCUGUUGAAUGUUUAG